AUGGUGAGACGCCCUGCAUUAAUCCGAGCGGCCCUUUUCUUCUUUUUGGCAUUUGGGGCAUUUCAAAGAUGCGUUGGCCAAGCUUUGACGUGUCCUGAGCCAACGGAUCCUUGUGUUACCCACAAGUCGAUAAAAGAGCCGUUUAGGAGUUCAGCACAUAAUUACAGUCAUACGCAGCCUGCUAUAUGUGACAAUAGACUGACAGAGGGAUGGUACCGCUUUACAAGCGGAGUGGGAGGAAAAAUACCGACAACAAAACCUGAGCCAAACACUUGUGGAACAGUCGCCCCGAUUUGGAUGAACUCUCCCCAUCCGCACCAAGUCGGACAAACAGUGGACGCUACUGCGUGCAUCAAUCUCAACAACAUCCGAUGGGGCUGCUUCAGGACGAUAGAUAUCUGUGCAAAGAAGUGCGAAGACAUGGCCACCAUGGCUAACUACUUUGUAUAUUAUCUGAGGCCUCCUUUUGGAUGCGAUAUGGCUUAUUGUGCAGGUGAUGGCAUACCUUGCUCUGAUGGAAGUGAGAGUUGUACCAGAGAUUUUCCCAACUUGAUGGUUCCACUUCCAAGCAUUGAAUAUGGAAACAAAUAUGAAAAUAACAGACCAAUGAUGAAAUGCAAUUUUUUAUUUCCAUCUUGGGGAAAUGUCUCCUUUCACGUUGAAUGGUACGACAAUGGUUCUUUGGUGAGCAAUAACAAAUUCUGCCCGAACGAGGGUGAGGUCUGUGAUUACAAGGACUCUGAAGGGAUACUCUACUCGCCCCCAAAAGUGGGGACCAUGAUGCACUGCCGACUGCGCAUGAGGUAUAACAGUCAUCCCCAAAACAAAUGGUCCAUCUGGAGGCAAAGCGAAUCGUUCUUUGUGGGCAUAAAGGUUAAACCAGAGCAUAUUAAAACACAACAGUGUGAUCCGCUCCAUCAGGUUACAUUACAACCCACUAUACCUAUUGACAAGGACUUAUUACUCCAAGUGUUGCUUCCUAAAGAGGAAAAAAAUGGAGUUUCGGUUGCAGUGACCCAAUGUCAACUUUAUAUAAAAGAAAAAAAGGAUUACACCAUCGACAUACAACCAACUUGUGAUGAUAUGAUCACAAACGGCCAAGGGAUCAGCGUGGAUGUUCACUUUUAUGUUGCGCAAACUGAGCCUUUCUGGGCAGGACAUAUUCUUCCCUCGGUUCGGGUUUACCUAUCUAUGGUUUCAUGAAAUCAACUAUCGCCUUACGGACCACCGCCACCUUCUACACAGAAAAAAACCCGACGAGAAACCGAAAAGGCAUGGUUUGUUACGGUAUCUGUGUUAACGAGAGUUGACCAUUUGCGUUUUGACGUGCCCUUGUUUUGUAUCAAUUUGACCAAAAUCUCGCCAGCUUUUGAAUACACAAUCCUGUGUUUGAUUAUUGUGAUUACAGGCUUGAGUUUCUGAAGUGUGGGGUCCGCGGCAACGGCGGUCACCAGGUUGCAUUCGAUGGACGUAAUGGCCUCCCUGCAGGCCAAGAAAUAUAUGACGCGUUCAAGAAGACUCAUCUCAACUUACACUUGAAAAACUCCAAGUGGACCGACAGCAUCAAGAGACAAGAGCCCGACCAUAACACGAAACUCCGCCAACAGCCCAUCGCAAGGCACUUCCCAGCAACUACCCACAACCAAGACCCACACAGCAACACACAACCCGAUAGCUAGCACGUCCAACCACUAGCACCCAAUCUUAACCAAAACACGCACACAGCAGCCCAAUAUCAUAAACAAGCACGUCCCAUCACCAGCACCCAAAUACAACCAGCCCCGACAAACAGCACCUAAACCACAGCCACAUCAAGCCACCCACACCCAACCACAACCAAAUUCAGCUGCCCACACCCAACCACAACCACAUUUAGCCGCCACCACCCAACCACAACCACAUUCAGCUGCAACCACCCAACCACAACCACAUUCAGCCGCCACCACCAAACCACAACCACAUUCAGCUGCCACCACCAAACCACAACCACAUUCAGCUGUCCACACCAAACCACAACCACAUUCAGCCGCCACCACUCAACCACAACCACAUUCAGCCACCCACACCCAACCACGACCACAUUUAGCUGCCCACACCCAACCACAACCACAUUCAGCUGUCCACACCAAACCACAACCACAUUCAGCUGCCCAAACCCAACCACAACCACAUUCAGCUGCCCACAUCCAACCACAACCACAUUCAGCCGCCACCACUCAACCACAACCACAUUCAGCCACCCACACCCAACCACGACCACAUUCAGCUGCCCACACCCAACCACAACCACAUUCAGCCGCCACCACCCAACCACAACCACAUUCAGCUGCCCACACCCAACCACGACCACAUUCAGCCGCCACCACCCAACCACAUAUCAUUUAUAAUGAUAAUAGCAAUGAUCAUAUUUAUAAUGAUAAUAGCAAUGAUCAUAUUUAUAAUGAUAAUAGCAAUGAUCAUAUUUAUAAUGAUAAUAGCAAUGAUCAUAUUUAUAAUGAUAAUAGCAAUGAUCAUAUUUAUAAUGAUAAUAGCAAUGAUCAUAUUUAUAAUGAUAAUGGCAAUGAUCAUAUUUAUAAUGAUAAUAGCAAUGAUCAUAUUUAUAAUGAUAAUAGCAAUGAUCAUAUUUAUAAUGACAAUAGCAAUGAUCAUACUUAUAAUGAUAAUAGCAAUGAUCAUACUUAUAAUGAUAAUAGCAAUGAUCAUAUUUAUAAUGAUAAUAGCAAUGAUCAUAUUUAUAAUGAUAAUAGCAAUGAUCAUAUUUAUAAUGAUAAUAGCAAUGAUCAUAUUUAUAAUGAUAAUAGCAAUGAUCAUAUUUAUAAUGACAAUAGCAAUGAUCAUACUUAUAAUGAUAAUAGCAAUGAUCAUAUUUAUAAUGAUAAUAGCAAUGAUCAUAUUUAUAAUGAUAAUAGCAAUGACAAUAGUAAGAAUAAGAAUAUAAAUUUAACAUUUACUAAAAAGUUUCAUUGUCGCGAGUCCAUUGGUCAUGGCUCUGGGGCGGGUCAGAUUAGUGUUGGGAGUCUAAUUUGAUAUUCUAUGAAUGGCUAUGAAUAUCGAGAAUUCAUAUGAGAAGACGAUUGAAGCAGUCAGAGAUGCUGUGAAAGUAGCUCCUUUUGCGUAAGUGAUUAAGAUUUUUUUGGGGGGCAAAAUGGGCUGUGUUAAAUCAAUGUCUCAUCACAUGUAAAUUAUGACAGAUGGAAAGACUAUAACGGGGACGAUGAUGGAGAGGUUAACAGGGAAAAGGAGGAAAACGACGUAGACGACGAGAAAAGCGACAAAGAAGAUGAGGAUAGCGAGGUAUGUGACAUGAUAAAACUUUUUUUUUUCUUCAAAACAUAAAAGGUGAAUCGAGUGUUUAAUUUUUUUUUCUUUUUCACUUGGUUGUUGGUUAUAGCAAAUCUACAACACUUGGUUAAAGAUCUACAACACUAGCUCCACUAGCUAUGGUAAAUCGGAGGAAAAACCACGGGAUUCGUCAUCACACGAAAUCCUUGCAGAUUCACUGAAGCGGAAAUACUAUUUUCGUAGUUUGUGUUGUAGAAAGCAACACACACACUACGCGCCUCGUGACUCCACAACAUUUUGAUCAUGAGAUGACGAAUAUCGUGGUGUAUAAGAGUACAUGUCACGGAAAACUAGUGGAAAUUUGUUAUAUAAGCAACGGAAAUUUCCAUUCACCAGUUUAGUUAUUUCUCAUUUAAUGGCGAUCAACCGUAAAAUCGUGUUGUAUAAGCCGGUGAUGCAGCUUGAAAAUUUUCUUUUAAUUUUAGCAUCACAUUAUAGGAUGUAUGGUCGGGUGCUUGAGUACAUUAGGAGAAAAUUAAAAUCUUUUUGGUAUUCCUACACUCCGUGUAAGGCCCGCUACGAUGAUUAUGUUAUCUCCAUGGAGAUGGAAUAAAUGAAAAAGGGGACGAAGAUACGUUAAUCGAAGAAGGUAAAAAAUGGAUAACACAUUGAAGCACAAUCUGUGAUUCAUACGGACACUCAAGCAAAAAUCAUGUGAAAAAAAUUGAACGUAAGCAACAGUGUUUGAAUUUCGUCGAAAAUUUUAUCAAUAUUAUAAUAUACAUGGCAAAUUACUCGAUUCUGAUUGGAUAAAAGCAUUGCAAUUUUCAGUGCAGAAAAAAGGUAAAUUCAGUGCAGUAUUACUGAACGCUGAUUGGCUUACAGAAAAUUGGAAAUGACAUUAGAUACAUACUAAUAAUAAGAGUUAGAUCGGAAUUACCAAUGGCACUAAAAGCGUUAAGUGGAAAUUGGCCUUACUAAGAUUUAUGCGUCAAUGAACAGUUUAUAUGAAUUUAUUCUUUAUUCGUAUUCUUUUUAGAUGGAGAUGGACAGAGGACAUAUGGAGCUGGCAAGAGGUUGCGCCGACGAAAAAGGCGGUAUGCAAAAAAAAAAAAAGGGCGUCUAACAUGAUUUAUAUAGAAAGCAUAGUAUUUUUUUCACUAAGAAAACCCCAGUUUUCUUAGCACUAGUUUUCAUUUAUAGAUAUAUUGUUUUAGUUUGAUUUUUUUAGCUUAGGAUGUCAAAUCUAUAAAAGAUUUUAAAUAAAAAAGGACAUCCACA